AUGAUACUCCCAGGCCACCGCCUCGUCUCUCAGAAAAUCAUUAACGGCCUCAUCUCUCCAUCAUUACAGGUCCAGCCCUGUGGCGUUGAUUUGACCUUAAAAAAGGUCCUCACCUGGACAUCAGCAGGCACAGUUGACUUUGACAAUAGCCAACGCCAGACUGCCUUCACCAAGGAGAUCAAGUUCGUCUCUACCGGCUCACCUGAUUUGCCAGGAGCCAUCGAAAUCCCUAAAAUCGAUCAUCCUGCUGUUGAUCUUCCUCAGGGCUCAUAUCUUGUUGAGUUCAACGAAACUGUCUCGGUGCCUCUUGAUGUGAUGGGUCAGAUCUUUGUUCGAAGCUCUCUAUUUAGAUCAGGAGCUCUACUGAAUGCUGGAGUGAUGGACUCUGGCUACAACGGCUCUGUUGGUGCACUGCUACAGGUGCUGAAUCCUGCUGGUCUUCGACUUUACAAAAAUGCAAGACUCGCUCAAUUCGUGUUCCACCAGAUGAGCGAGCCGGUGGAUGGCUAUAAAGGGGUGUAUCAGGGGAGUACGACAAUGGGUUAA